AUGGCGUCGGUGCGCUGUGGGCUACGUCUGGCCGCGUCUCGUGCAAAAUAAGGUUGGGCAGCGAUGAACUCGAGCGGGCCGCCGGCCGGCUGGGAGCCGGGCGCGGCGGCGUCGCCGGCCGCCGCCGGCUCGCCGCUGCCGUCGGCGGUCGGCGUCGCCGGUCCGAGCACUCCCGUGAGCGCCGCGCCGCCGCCGCUGCCCAUCCCCGGCGACACGGACCUGCCCGCCGAGCUGGUGGCCGACGGCUGGCGGCGGCUCUGGUCGCGCCGCGAGAACCGCCACUACUUCUGGAACCACCGCACCAACGAGUCGCUCUGGGAGCUGCCCACGGCGCACGGCCGACAGCAGCCCUCGUGCGCCCAAACGCCGGCGUGA